UAGGUUUUCAGCGAGCGACGGUGUAGUCUCAGUAGUAGGAUGGGACCCCCUGCGAAACGUCCGCUGGGUAGGAGCGUGAGUCACGUUCGUCAUCUUUCCUUGCUCAUGAUCGCAAGUCAUUUUAGUAUACUUGGUCCACUUCUCUCGAAAUUCUUUGCUAGUGGUGUCGAGGCCCAUAGAGUAGAAAGUGUUCCAGAACACCAGUUUCAGUGCAUCAAUGCCCCACGUACUGUUCCUGAUAUCCCUCCAGCACUCCGAUGAAUACAUCCGCAGCGAUACCCUCCAUUUCCUCCAAAAAAUAUUCAAAGACGCCGGAUUCUUCGAACCCGUCAUCCCCACCUGCCGAAGCUAUCUCACGCACCGUCAUUCCUAUGUCCUUAUGAACGACGUGUUUAUCGUGUACACUAUCUACCGCGAAUAUGAAUACCUGAGCUCAUAGAGGCUUUCACCGCUGCAGAGUCUGGCGCGACGUGCAAACGUAACACAUUUAUAUUCCUUCCUCAAUCUGCGAUCCCUAAGG